AUGUAUAGAUUUCGAAGAGCAAUUAAUCUAUUUAGUAGAAAAGAUGGUUUCAUAACAAAAUUGAAAAACAAAUUACUUAAAGAUGAUGAAGAAGAAAAAUAGAUAAUUCCUCAUUAGACUAUGAAACAACCACUUAAUGUAAAAUAAGAGAUUGAACAAUUUAUAUCUUAAUAAACAGAAAUAAGUGAUUUAGAAAGAAUAAGAAUGAAAAAUUUAGAUGAUAAACUUGGUACAAAUACACAUUUUCAUGAAAUUAAAUCAUAUGAAGAGAGAUUGGAUUCUGAUAAUGUGAUGAGAAGAUAAGUAUUAGCAAGAAGAGAAUUAUAAAAAGAGAAAGAUUUAGCAAUUUAACAUUUAUUUGAUCCAGAUCCAUAAUAAAAAGUUUAGAAACCUUGGAUUCGUCAUAUUAAUGAUUUUACAUCUGAAGCUAUUAAAUAAAGUAUAAAUUAAAACAAAUAUUUAUUAUUAGUUCCUUAUCCAAAACAUCCAAAAGUGUUUUAAGAAGGGGAUUUCUUUAGAUAUUUUGAAGAAAAACAUUAUGAAGUUGAUAAGGUAGCUCAAUUUGAUUUUUCGGAAUCAUUAUACACUUAAUUAGUUUAAAUUUAGACUUUGAGAAGGGAAGAAACAGUUAAACAUAGAUAUUUUGAAUUAUUAGAUUGUUAUUAGAAUAUUCCAAUCGUAUUUAAAGAUUACACAUAUUUCAGUAAGAAUCCUAAAGAAGGUCAUCCAGUGUAUAAUAUAUAUAAGAGGAAAAAUUAAAGUAAGAGUUUUUAAACUAUUUAAUGAGAGCAGCAAUUUAGACAAUGAACUUAUUAAAGAUGAUGAUGAAUUAGUAUUAAGUGGUAAAAUAAUUGCAGAUUUAAUUCCUAAACACUAUGAAGAUCUGAUUUUAGAUAUUGAAGUAUAUAUAUAAUUUAUUAAUUUUAAAGGAGGAGAAAAUUUAAUAAUUAUAUAAAGACUUUUAGCCUAAUUAGACUCAUGAUAUAUAUGGAUGUAUAAUAGAAUAAUAAGGAUUAUGUUUUUUAAUUGUUCGUUCUAAUUAAAUUUAAUUAGUUUUAGAAAAUGUUGAUAAUACUUUUGCGUUCUUUCAAAAUUACCUCUAUUAUAUUGAAAAAUCAGAUCUUGAUCAUUAAAAAUAUGUAUUAUAACUUAAUUUAGAUGAUUUUGAGGAUAGAAAAAUUAUAUAUUAAAUAUCACCAGGUGAGAUUGCUAAAAUAAAGAAUUUUGGAUUAGGAAAAGCUGCAAUUGAAAUUUAAAUUGCUAAUGAAAAUAAAUUUAUUGAUUUAAAUGGAAAAGAUAUUGUAUAAUAAAAGAAAGGAUAUAAGUUUAAUAUAGAUUAAAAUGAGGUUAAUACUUUUAUAAGUUAAAUUCCAUUAGAAGAGUAAUCUAAAUAAAUUAAAACAUCAGAGGGUUAACUUGUCUAUGAAUGUAAGAAAGGAAGUAUUUAAGCAUUUUCUGCAAAUGAUAAUUUUUUGGCUAUACAAGAAAGAGAUAAUUAGAAUUUAAUUCCAGAUAGAUUAAUAAUUAUUAAAGAAAAGAAGAAUCAUGAAUUAGUUAUAUAAGAAUCUUAAUAUUCUAUAAACUUAGAGUCUUAGUAAAUUAAGGAGUCAAAUUUAUUAUAUUUUAAUUUGAUUUGCCCCUAUAAGCCAUUUUAAAUAUUGAAAUAUAAUACUGAUAUUAAAGCAAUAUCUUUACAUUUCUCUGAAUAAUUACCUGGCUUUGAUUAUAACAAACUUUAAAUCGAGACUUUUAAGAUAUCAGAGGAUUUUAAUGUUUGUGUUUCAUAUUUAUAAGAUUUACCUGUGUAAUUUGUUUUGAUAUAUUUAAUUGAUUAAGAAUAAUAUUAAUCAUUAAGUUAAGAGGAUGUAAUUCUAUAUGAGAAUGGUUGUGGAAUUUGUUAGAUAAUUGUUAAUCCUAAUUGUUAAUAAUAAGUUUUAGAUAAUCUUUAGAAAGUAUUUUAAGAAGUUUGUGUACUUUCUGGCAAAGUAAUAUUGAAAACAAAGGGAGCAUUAUCUGGUUUGAUAGGAAGUUAUACUCACUUUUUUGUUUAAUAAUUUUAUGGAUUUAUAUGUCAUGUAAAAGAUUAAUGUAAAUUAGAAUGGAUUAUUUGAUAAUAAAAAAGAAAUGAUUGGUUUACCAAUAAGUUCUUAUGAUAUUACAAGAGUACCAAGUUUAAGAAAUACAUAUAUAAGUUACACAUUGAAUGAUGAAUUGACAUAUUAAUCAUAAAAAAUGGUUGCUUUAUUGAGAGAAAAUAAAGAUAAUGAAGUGGAUUAAAAGUAUUUAAAUAAAUAAUCUUUAAGAAAGGAGUUUGGAGUAGUAUUAUAAUAAUGUGAUUCAGAUUAUGAUGAAGCUAUCUUUAGAUUAACAUUUAUAUUGUCUAUUUUAUGA